GGCGGCAGAUAUGGUGACGGCGGCAGUCGCGACAGCUGCAGUUGUCACGGACUAGGGCUACAGUCUGGGGCUACUAAAAAGGAAAGAAGUGUAGUGCUGUGGCAAAGUGUCGAAAGCAUAAUUCGUACCCAAAAAUGAUUAAAAUAGACCUCUUCAUACCUUGGUGGUGUUGCAGUGACACUAUCCGGCGCCCAGUGUUGUCAUUGGAUGUAGCUGGUCCUGAGGUUUCACCAGAGUACACCAGAGUAUGUUAUUGAAAUAUGCCCAGUGGUGGGACACUCCCUUUAAGAUGCAUGGGUUUUUAUUAAUCCAGUUGAUACACUUUUUUCGUUGUCUUUUCUGCUAGCUGAAAAUUUACCGCAUUCAGUUGAAAUCUACUUCAGUAUUUAUUUCAUUAUUCACUCUAUGACUUGUCACGUAAACAUCGUCGUUUGUGGGUAAUUCAAUAACAAAACGAGCAUCUCGUCAAGGUUUUUGCCCAUCUUUUAUUUUGCCUUCUCGUAUGAUAAACAGUUCCAACGGAGUUCAAAGAUGAAAGAACAAUUAAGAAGAUAAAAGGAUUAUCUGAGUGUCUCAAUGUGGAGCGAAGUGUAAAUAUGAAGAACAUUUAAAAAAGCAAAAAGGUAGACUAUAUGAACGCAGCUCACACUAGCUUCUGGCACAAAUUCAGCUCUGUGGGACAGGGAGAACAGCAAAUUUAUUGUGUCCACCAGGUGUUAUCUAUUCGACUUCCCGAUUCCCCUAUUAUAUUGUGCUUGUUUCAGGCUAUAACCUUGUUUUCGUGGUAUAACCGCGAACGCUUCCUCCAUGCGUCAUUGUUUUCUGUGGACAACGGCAUGCCUGUAGUCUCUAUUGGAAGGACAAAAUCAAAGCCUUCUCUCAUGCACCAUGGAGACUCCUAGCUUGGAUACGAUAUCCUUUUUUAAAUCCAACACCGCCACUGCAUUGGCCCAGUCGCGAUGCAUUAUGUAUGGGUUAACAGCGGACAGGGUUUUUGCAGGUACCGGCACACUGCUAGCUUUCGACGCAUCCAGCUCGGGUCAACAUUGCUCAGCGCAGGACCUGCGGGUGACCGGUGACUCUGGCGCGCCGCGUCGUCUCCCAGAUCCGUCACCAUGAGUAUGCGCGGCGGAGGCGCCCGGCUGGACAGCGCGCAGGCCGCCAAGGUGGCUGUGAUGGAGCGCCGGGUUCUCAUGGGCUGCACAGUCUCCGUCGUACUUGGACUCCUGCUCUGGGUCAUUACGAUCUCCACAGAGUACUGGUUCUCGGUGACGUGUGCGGGGGGAGCCGCCAUCAACGGCAGCAACCUGGCCGGCGUCAACGGCAGCAGCCCGGCCGGCGUCAACGGCAGCAGCCUGGCCGGCGUCAACGGCAGCGCCGAGCGCAGUCCGGACCUCAUGCUGUUGACGUCCCACACCGGGCUGUGGCGGGGCUGCCGGGACGUCCGCAGGAACGGCACGACGGCGAGCCCCGACAGCGCCGGGACAACGCGCACGUCAUGCCGCUACAUGCGGGUCAAGUUCCUGCCGAACCUGUCUGAUGACGACCCGCGCAACGUCAUCAUCGCGUACCGGCGCACCUGCCUAGGCUUCAGCGUCAUCUCGUUGCUGCUGCUGGCGCUCUCCAUCUUCUUCUCCGGCUACACCUUCCGCGUGCGGCGCUACACGUUCAAGCGCGUCGCCGCCUGCCUCCACUUCAUCGUGGCCGGGGUUCAGCUGGUGGUGAUUGAGGUGCACGCGACGUCAUUCCACUACCAGAGGAUGCGCAUGCCGUCAGUCGUUCCAAAGCGCUGCGAUUGGGAUUACGGCGCCAGCUUCGUACUCGGCUGGAUAUGCUUCAUCAUCAACAUGGUUGCCGGCGUCAUCUUCCUCUACGCGUCCGGCAAGAAGAAGAAGCGGCCCGAAGGCGACCAGCAGCGCGACCAGGAGGAAGAGGACGACUUCGACGACGAGCCCCAGAUCAUGGGCCGCUGAUGACGUCAAGGCGGUGACCGUGAUGUGAUGACGUCAUCGCGUUGGCCAUGAUGUGAUGACCUUACCUCGCUAGUCACUGCGGGCGUUGCACAGUCGCUACCGAGCGCUAAGAUCAUCCAGGUGUGCUGACAUCGUCAUGCCGUGACGAGGCCACAAACGGUCAUGACAUAGGAUGACGUCAUGACCGCUAUGACGUCACUAUCGGAUGACGCCGCCGAUGACAGCGCCGCCCGGCCCCGUCCACUGAGCUCCGACGCGUACCCCUCCGCGUGGUGCCGCCGCCGACGGCGCGGCUUUUCGCAUAUUCCACCGGGCGCAGCGUUGGUGAUCCACACAACCGCGUGGUUGGCAGUUCGGCGCACCAGCACACGCGCAUUUUGCGAGGAGGCCCGAGCCGGAGAUCCGCAGCCUGGACAGUGAAACACCCGCCGGCCGCGUGACCCCUUGUGAAGGGGUCAAACCCGGUGCGUUCUCCACUGUGGGACGCCGCUGUCGCAUUGCCGUUCCAUCGCGGUCUAGAUUGCGCGCGAGGAGGGGCGCGCGUGCUGCGGUGCCCGCUGCAGGUGAUCGCCCGCGUGUGUCGGCCUUUGAUGUGUGGAGCUGCUCACGAGGCGGACUGGCGCUGGCGGCGGUCGGGCAGGCGGACGCGGGCGUGUGAUGCCCGCCCGGCGCCGCGUGUGCGCUCGCUCCCGGCGCCUGUGCAGGUUUGGAGCCGCGACUCUGACGUGCACGUUGAACGGUCUGCUGAGUGCCCAGGCUGCGUCGGCGGUCGUCCAGCACGUUUGUUUGAAGGCGACAGAGGUGCGGGUGCUGAUGCGUGUGCGCCAGUGCCUUCUGAACCACAGCGAACGGCAGCAAACCCCCUUCACCAUUUGCGCUGUGUGGGUACGAGUAUUUGCGCACGCUGUGAUGCGUGGAUUUCGUAUCCGCCGCCGACUUCAUACUCAAACCCUGUCCCGGUGUCCCUUUGAACGUGUGGACAGCUAACCCCUGGAUUUGUACGAAAAGACGUGGUAAAAAGAUGGUCGACUGUGCUGGCUGUUCAAUACAGGAGCGGGAAGG